AUUUAUUACAAACAAAAUCCGUCAAUUUCAAUCGGAUACACGAGAAACAUGUAACGCCAGCACGACCUAUGGACCCAUCAAAGGCCUCAAACGUUUAAAUGUUUACAAAGAACAUGGCUAUUACUUUAGUUUUGAAGGCAUUCCAUAUGCCAAACCGCCGCUAAAUGAAUUGAGAUUUUGUGCUCCACAACCACCCGAACCAUGGCACGAUGUGCUCGAUUGCACAAAAUGUAAAUCGAAACCUGUGCAAUAUAAUUUCAUAGCCAAGUGGGUUGAGGGUUCGGAGGAUUGUUUGUAUGUAAAUGUCUAUUGUAAAAAGCUGCAAAGUGAUAAGCCACUACCGGUUAUGGUUUGGAUUUAUGGUGGUGGCUAUCAAGUUGGAGAAGCUUCAAGAGAUGUGUACUCUCCUGAUUAUUUUAUGCAGAAGGAUGUCAUUGUGGUCACCUUCAACUACAGAUUAGGUGUCUUAGGUUUCCUGUGUUUAGAUGACCCAGAUUUAAAUGUACCCGGUAAUGCUGGUUUAAAGGAUCAAGUUAUGGCCCUAAAAUGGGUCAAACAAAAUAUCCACAAUUUCAAUGGUGAUCCCAAUAAUAUCACAGUUUUUGGUGAAAGUGCCGGUGGUGCGUCGACCCAAUUUAUGAUGAUGACACCCCAGACGAAGGGUCUCUUUCACAAAGCCAUAAUCCAAUCCGGUUCCAUAUUAUGUCCUUGGUCAUUUACCGACCGUCAUGAUUGGGGUUACAAAUUUGCCUGUUACAUGGGAUAUAAGGGUGAGAAUAAUGAUCGACAGGUUUACGAAUAUUUAUCACAGACAAAUGCAAAGAUGUUGGCAUUUAAAGAUUUAGAUAUGAUGACAAAAGAAGAUAUUUGGAAUAAUUUAAUUGUUCUCAUUCGUCCAGUUGUUGAGCCAUAUCGAACUGAAGAAUGUGUGGUUGAUAAGCCUCUAAAGGAAUUCUUAGCCACCGGCUGGGGUAAUGAAAUACCGUUGAUGAUUGGGGGCAACUCAUUUGAGGGUUUAUUACAUUUUGCCACUGUACACAAAUAUCCAUUUUUAAUUAACGAUUUAACAGAUUUCCAAAAUUUAAUACCAGAUGAUGUAAAAUCAUCAUCGAAUUUAAGCACAGAAACCAAAGAAAAGGCUUUAAAAUUAAAGGAAGUAUACUUUAGAGGAGCUCAACCUAAUUUUGCUGAAAAUUUCUUUCAGUAUUUAAAUCUUCUGGGUCACAGAUCAUUUUGGCAUGGCAUCUUGAGAACAUUGCGCGGACGUAAGAAGUAUGCCAGCAAGGUUCCAACCUAUUGUUAUUAUUUUGAUGUUGAUUCAGAAUCCUUUAAUCAAUUCCGUUAUGCCACCUGUGGCCCCUCCAUACGUGGCACAGCUCAUGCCGAUGAUUUGUCUUAUUUAUUCUACGGAGCAAUAACUGAGAAAAUUAACACCAAUAGCCGAGAAUAUAAAACCAUUGAGCGUAUGAUUGGUAUGUGGUAUAAUUUUGCAUUGUCAUCAAAUCCAAAUUGCAAGGAAAUCGAAUCAGCAAAAUGGGAGGCGAUAAGUGCUGAGGAAGAAACAAUUAAAUGUUUGGCUAUUAGCGAUGAUGUUGAAUUCAAGGAAUUGCCUAUUUAUAAUAAACUUAUUGUUUGGGAUCAAUUUUAUAAAGAGGGGGAAUUAAUUUAA